AUGGCUAGACGAAUGGUUGCAUUCAACACUGAACCACGUGGAAUAUUGGAGAUCAAUGUGUUGCUUAAUGUUACCACAUCAAUUGUACUAGAAGAAGAAAACUUAAUGGAGCAAUAUCAUCAUCGUGAUUAUAAUAUUAAUGAUCAACAAAAUGUGGGUUCCUUAAAGAAAUCUGAAGUUGAUCAACCUCCUUCUUGUGAUUCUAAAGAUCCAUGUUCAAUUUGUUUGGAGGAGUACGGUAAUGGGUCAAAUUUAGAACUCGUUUAUACAAAAUGUUUACAUGUUUUUCAUAAAGAGUGUCUUGACAAGUGGGUGAGCCGCUUUAGGCCUCAUAACGUGUUGGGUCGGUCCUGUGUCCAUUGUGUCGAUCUAAGAUAUUAUGAAUGA